AUGUUUAAAAUCAUAGAUAAACUAAUUUUUUUUUUUAAAUGUUUAUAUAGUUUGUUUAUAGUUAUUUUCUUUAAAGGUUUAAUAGGUAAAGAAUUGAUUUAUUAUCGACCUGAACAAUCAAAUAAUAAAAAUGUUUGUACGUUAAACGACGAGUUUGAGCUUAUUAAUCAGGCUGAUAAGUCAAUAAUGAUAGUAUCUGUCAAAAAUAAAAGUAAGGAUACAACCGAAAGUCUAAGCAAAAGUGAAUUUGGAGCACGAAAAAAUGAAGAGCAAUCGAUAAUAGAAACCAAUAAAUAUUCAAACGACGAAGUAAUCGUCAAAGUAGAAAAUACGGAUACUAUUCUUGAAAAAAGUGUUUUUGAUUUGGAAUUGAAGGAAUGGAACAUUUUGUAUAAUGAAAUGAUGAAAUAUAUUAUUGACAAACCGGAGAACGCUGAUGAUAUUGCAACACUUAAUCAAGAUAUAACAUAA